AACAAUAUACUACGAACGAAGUUUUGAAAAUUAAUGCAUGCUUAGUACCUGAAGAUACUAAAAAGAAAAACAGUGAAGCAAAUAAAAACAUUUCUGAUUGCGAAGACAAUAUUUCCACUACCAUUUCUGAAAUAUCAAUAUCCAAUUUUUUACUUACUAAUAAAUCUGUUUUAUCGUCUAAUAAAUCUACUCCAUCUGCAAGCUUCUCUACUUCAAAAAAAAGACAAACAUUUCUUGAUAAUUGUAUUAUAUGUCAACUAUCUGAAAAGGAUAAUCAAAAACCAAGAAACAAAAGAUUUUUUAAUUUUAUAAUAUCAACUAUAAAACUACCUAAUCGGCAGACGAUAAGUAAUCGAAUUCUUCUAAAGGUUUUAACAAAAUUAAAUGAAGAUAUUUUAGAACGUGUAUGUGCAGAUGGGGUUGGUAUAACUGCAGUCUUUGAUAGUUGGACAAACAUAAAGCAGGAGCACCUUUUUGGUGUUGUCUUAAUUACUUCUCAGGGUGUAUUUUUAAUUUGGAAUGCAUGUAAUAUUAGUAAUCAAUGA